AUGCUAAACAACACUUGCCAGAUAGACAACCACUUUCCUGGCUCGGACGAGUGUGAUACACGUUCCUACAGUAUCUUCCCCUGUGACAUUGACGAGGACCCCAUGCCCCACCCCACCCUUGACGACCCCCCACUAUCCAAACAAAGCUCCCAGCAAUGUUGCAAACCCGCCAAAAUGCAAACUCACACGUCCAAUGACCCUUUAGAGGACCAUAUGGCCGGAAGCCUCUACCAUCCCACGGACAUCUGCACCGAUUGCGGCUUCCCACGCGCGAGCAGUGUCUGCUGCCAAAUCACCAAACGCCACCACGGCACGAACGAGCCCCCGCCCUCCGCGAGAUGUAACAAGGACAUGAAACGGCACGCGAGCUUCCUUGGUAAGAUCGUUAAGAAGCUCUUUGCAACGCGCAGAAAAGAAAAGGGGAAGGGGGCUGUGGAGCCUGUUGUUACAGCGAAAGACGUAAACUGCCCAUUCACCGACCCCCACACCCCAUUCAAGGCCUGCGGUAGUUCAGUCAACACUAAGGGGGAAGGAGAAAUAAAAGGAGAGAGGGCGGCAGCUGACGAACUGGCGAAAUGCUCCUAA